AUGGUCCCAACGCUCCUAAUCGACUCCACCAUGGGCGAUACCCUCCCACUGCGCGUACCGUAUAAGCUUUGUGUCGAGCUUCUCCCCGACGGCAGUGAAACCUACACGACGUCUGGAUUUGCAUACACGCCUCCUCAAGAUGGAGAACGCUGGUUUCCGGCCCCAUCCGCUCCUCGAUCGCGAUGCGUUGCGCUGUCGCAGUUUAGGUUUACUCAACUUGGGAAAUUCCGCAUCAAGGUUAAAUUGAUGGCUGAUGGGUUUCAGCCUGUAGAUGCUGUGUCUGAGGUCGUUACUGUCGAGGAUAAGCCCAUUGCUCCGCCGGCUGGCGAGGAGAAGUCGAAAUCCGAUGGAUACUCGUCUACACACAUGUAUCAUAUACAUUCUAGUCUAUUCUAUCUAGUCUCACCGCCAAACACAAAAGACAACAUCCGACAGGUGGAGAUGAUUUCUCCGGCUGACCAAGUCCUCACCAAGUACGGAGUAAGAAUGCGAUAG